UCCCGGGGGCGGGGCGGAGGCCAACCUGCGGCCCGCGGCCCAUGGCCCACGUGGGGGUUAAGCGGCCGCCCCUGCCUCGGAGGCAGAGACAAGCACAGGCAGCGGAGCCCGAGCUGGACGCAGCCUGCCGGCGCGGCGGGGUAUGAGGUGCUCGUCAUAAGCUCCAAGGAAUUGCCUUUCACAGAGCCCAGCAGAAGAGUGGGCGAACAUGAAGUCCAAUCCUGCCAUACAAGCUGCCAUUGACCUCACGGCAGGGGCCGCAGGGGGCACAGCAUGUGUUCUGACUGGGCAGCCCUUCGACACGAUGAAAGUGAAGAUGCAGACAUUCCCCGACCUGUACAGGGGCCUCACCGACUGCUGCCUGAAGACGUACUCCCAGGUGGGCUUCCGGGGAUUCUACAAGGGGACCAGCCCAGCGCUCAUCGCCAACAUCGCCGAGAACUCUGUCCUCUUCAUGUGCUACGGCUUCUGCCAACAGGUGGUGCGGAAAGUGGUGGGAUUGGACCGGCAGGCAAAGCUGAGUGAUCUGCAGAAUGCAGCUGCCGGUUCCUUCGCCUCUGCGUUUGCUGCACUGGUGCUCUGCCCCACUGAGCUUGUGAAGUGCCGGCUACAGACCAUGUACGAAAUGGAGACAUCAGGAAAGAUAGCCCAAAGCCAGAAUACAGUUUGGUCUGUCGUGAAGAGUAUCCUCAGAAAGGAUGGCCCACUGGGCUUUUACCAUGGACUCUCAAGCACUUUACUUCGAGAAGUACCGGGCUAUUUCUUCUUCUUCGGCGGCUAUGAACUGAGCCGAUCGUUUUUUGCAUCAGGGGGAUCAAAAGAUGAACUAGGCCCCGUCCCUUUGAUGUUAAGUGGUGGAGUUGGUGGAAUCUGCCUCUGGCUUGCUGUUUACCCAGUGGAUUGUAUCAAGUCCAGAAUUCAAGUUCUUUCCAUGUCUGGAAAACAGGCAGGAUUUAUUGGAACCUUUAUAAGUGUUGUGAAAAACGAAGGAAUAACAGCCUUAUAUUCUGGACUGAAACCUACCAUGAUUCGAGCGUUCCCUGCUAAUGGGGCACUAUUUUUAGCCUAUGAAUACAGCAGGAAGCUGAUGAUGAACCAGUUCGAAGCAUACUGAAGAGUAUUGGCAAACCUGGAUCCAAGUACAAGCAUAACUACAAUUCAUCUCAGGGUUUGAUGGAGUACAAGACCAAUGUGGAAUUACUUUGAUUUCGUGAGAAUUUUGUUUUUGUCUUGUGUUCUUCUACCCUAAAUCUUAAACUUUAUGGAGGGACCUCUAGUCUACAUCAUAUAAUUUUUGCCCAUAAUUGUAUUGAAAUACAAAAGUUGCUGCUCUUGUCGUUGGUGGGACAUCCAGGAUAAGCCUCUGGCCCUCUGUACCUAAUCUGAAAAGCUAAAUAUAGUUAUAUCAGGGAUUUUGCAUUAACCGGCGUAUUUGGUUUGGAAGGUGAUGUGUUGUGAGUGAAGGACAGUUUUGUUCCAUGUUUAAUCUCAGAUCUCGCCAGAAGAACCUACAAGGUAACUUUGUGUGAUGAAGAUGGUUAUAAACGAUUACUUAACUCAUUCUAGAUGGAGGGUCUCUUUUAAAAUCUGCUUAGCCCAUGCACUAUACCAAGUGGUUAAAGUUUUUAAAAAGGUUUCCUGUGGUGCUUGAAAACUAAAACACCAUCUAGAUUUUAAAGAGGAGAAUAUACCUGCAUACCGGUAUGGCUUCCAUGUUCCUGAUUUAAAUUUCAGAGUAUGCAUCCUGGAUUUUUCCAAGAUGCUCUAAUGUUAAAAUAGUGCCAUUCAUUUUCUGGGUGGGAUCAUAUUGUACUGACAUAUUGUUGGGUGUGGCCUAGAGUAUCAGGCCCUUGGGAACAGCGUUGGCCUUCACCUGUGCCAACUUCCAUUCUUCUCCUCUCCCAAAGAGCUUCCCCUCUGCUGGGCUCUAGGUAGAGGAAGGGGCUGAGGGGAGAGGGGUGUGCUGCUAUGCUUUGUGAAGACCUUGUGGCUGAUGACAGCCCUUAGCUUCUGUCUCUGGACAGGAUUCCAGAGUAUUCUGUCGGACCACUCACUCAUUGCCUCCACCAAUUGGAAACCCACCCAGGGAACAGAGUGCCAAAGCCAAGAGUAGCCCGUGUUCCCUCUCUGGUGACUGAGUUACAGUAUUUGUGGAUAGAAUCCUCUCCUCAGAACUAGACAAAAACGUAGAGUUUGCACGACACAGUGAGGAAUGUCAAGGCUGACCCACUCUCAAAUGUAUCUUGGAGUCCAUAACUCCUCCCCAUGCAUUUACAGUGUUGGAGCCUCUUAUAUUUGGUACUGGCAAUCAGUGAAUUUUAAUGAUGACUUUAUGUGGAGUGUGACUUUAUAAAGCAAUGAAACAAAAAAUGUAAUUUUUAUUUAGCUAUGUUGUACGUAUGCACAAACCCCAGUUCCUCUGAUUCCCACAGCCUUGGGGAUGGGCAGCUGUUCUUUAGCCAUUUGGUGUAAGAGUCCCUCUUGUCACCGCUAAAGGAAGCCUCCUCAUUCCAUGCUGCCCCAAAACUAGCAAGGGCUCUCUCCAUAAAAAGUGUUCCUAAGCAGCCGACAGUGUUAAUAACAGGCCACACCGUGUGUGUAGCCCUUCAGCAGAAUAUAAAUCUUGUGUGAAACCUCCAGUCUCCUUAAGCUUUUUGUUCUCCGUGAAGCCUCUCUGGUAACUCCAGCCAUAUGCCAGAAGCAAGAGGGUCAGGAAAGUGAGGUGCUGACAAAUGGGGGCUGCUGCAGACAUUGAGGGAGGGGACGCCUGGUGUCGUGCUUGAUGUGCCCCAGAGCUUUGGCUAGUCUUCCCUUUACUUUUUCUCUAAAAGCAAUACAUGUUUCUGCCUUACUUUUCUCUCCAUACUUAAAUGGCCCAUAGCUACUGAGUGGUACUUCGUCUGAACAGGCCUGGAGUGAAGCAAAAUAGAAAAUGGCCCUCGCUUCCAGCAGGAAGUGAACUGCUUCAGAGUCCACGGCCCCCCUGCCUGGCGCCCCCGCCUGGCGCCGGUCUGCAUGUCUCAGCCUUGUUGGCAGUGGGCCUUUUCACAUGUCAUCCUUUAAAGAUUUAACUAAACAUCUUCAAUAUAAACAGUCUGAGGCAACUAUGAGUGAGUGGGAGUAAGGAAUGGAAACCUAAGUCGGGAAUUUAUUGUUCAUUCUCUUUGUUUAAUUCAUGGUUCAGUAUUUGGGUAUAAUUUGUCCCAUUUCAGAUCUGUACUCCAGACAAAAAUAUAGUAACAUGAAAUACUGUGUUUAAAGAAAUUCUAGUAUUCUGUAUCAUUAAAUUAUUUGCCUAAUAUUUGA